UGGUGGCGCUUCACUCGGAUGCGGAAGCGCGGAUGGCAAAAGCAAAACUGCAGACUUGAACCCAAACUUUCAUACUUGCGGUGGUAGAUGAAGAUACCACAAUGACGUCUAGAAUGUCGCACGUCUCGGCCUUUUCGGCCACAAGCUCGGCUAUGUAUCAAAGCACCCUAGAAGGUUCAGGUAUUCACCGUGAAACUUUCGGGGAUCGUAUGACACAAACGAUGAACUGGCUCUACAACCCGGAAGAAGGAACUGUCAUGGGCAGACAUCCCCUGGACUGGGGAUUACUUGUCAUUAUGUACGUCGUGUUGCUUUGUGCCUUAGUAGGAAUGUCUGCUGUAUUCUGUGCUCUCUUUUACUGGGUCAUUGACUGGAAUUACCCGACCUUGCAAGGUGCUUCAAGCAUGUUACAGACUCCAGGAAUGGGUUUUAGACCACAGCCCGAUGUUACGUCCACUCUUAUACGUUUCGUGAAAGGAGAUGGGUCCACAUAUGUGCAUUAUCUGGACCAUAUUGAGGCGUACAUCCAAUACUACGAGAAUGAGCUGCAGCAGGGAGAGAACUUCAUGGACUGCAGAACAAUCGGAGAGCGACGGACAAAGCAACUGGACCAGGUGUGCGUGUUUGACCUGAACGUGCUGGGCGACAGCUGUGUGAAGCAGCAGAAUUACGGCUUUGACGACGGCCAGCCUUGUGUGCUGCUCAAGCUGAAUAAGGUUUUCAACUGGGUCCCGGAAGAAUACACCGGUGACACCGUGCACAAAGACAUCUUGGACCAAUGGGGAGACCCCUGGUUUAUUUACGUCAAAUGUGACGGCGACGACCCAGCGACCCGAGAGAACAUGGGCCAGCUGUUCUACUUCCCGGAGCAAGGCUUCCCCUUCAAGUAUUUCCCCUUCAGGAACCAGCAAGGCUACCGGUCCCCGCUGGUGUUCCUGCGAUUUGAGAACCCGCACCCCGGCAUAUUGCUCAUGAUUACGUGCAAGGCCUAUGCCCGAAACAUCAUCCACGACAGGGUGGACAGAGUCGGACAAGUCAGCUUUGAAGUCAUGGUGGAUUAAUCUGGCCUGACAGUUAGUGGGGGGGGGGGUUGGUUGUUUGGGUUUUUUUUUAAGAUAUGAAGAUGAAAGGGAUAUAAUGGCAGAAGUCACGUAAAAGAAAAAUUGUGCUGCUGUAGUGCCAUGGUUUCCCUGUAUGGUUGUGUUGAAUGAACGUGACCUGCAGUGUGUGACACAGGCCCCUUUGUCCCCUGCUGUCAUUGUAUAUAUGUAGUUGGGGAGGUUGUUGUAGAGGUAUGCCUGCCACUAGCGAUUCUGUUCUUAGGCUCUCUGCCAUUAGGUUGUGAGUUUGAAUCUCGUCGUGGGCCUAACGUUGUGUUCUUGGGAAAAAACACAGCACAAAUUUCCGUCACUUCUCCCAGGUCAGAAUGGGUGCCAGGCUAUAGGUGGGAAAGAAAGAGGCCCUGUUCCAGAGUGGGGGGGAAAACCAAUAAUGGUGCAAAGUUCAGUAAGAUAUGUUGGGGGUUGUGCAGGGGAGGGAAGGGGUUAACAGAAUGGAAGAGAAGAAACUUUCUCUUGGCCUCUGUGUGCCAGGCUCUUGAGCGAGGACCGUUACGUAUACAGGGUUACCUGCUUUCCCUUGCGUAGUGAGUCUCGUCAUUACCUCUCUGAGCCCUCCUGAUCCCAAGCUUACACGAGAUGUUGGCCCAGCACUCCUGAUCCCAAGCUUACACGAGAUGUUGGCCCAGCCGUUAGUCUGAGUGGAAUCAAUAUUGGGAUUUCACACAUUUUUCCACUAAGAUUAUCUUGAUCUAAUAAUGCUAUAGAAUUGUUGCACUAUGAAGAGGAGAAAUAAUACAUCAUUCUUCGAGCCAAAGAGUAAGCCAGUCGCUAAAUAUUUACCUUCCUGGGAAUAUUUGUAGAGAAGAAGACAAAUGUGAAAAUGGCCAGUAUGGAGCGACCACCACUAUUCCCUACUGGCCUAUGCUCUGUGAGUUUAAUGUCAGGUUUAUUUGUGAACAUUUAGUUAGAAGUGGAUGGGUGUUUCCCCACAGUGAGCAAUUCGAUGUUUGGGAAGAUGAACUAGUUCUGUGUAGUGGCGGGCUCUACUUGAAUGUCAGAGUUGUUUGUGAAUGUUGGAAUGUGGACGCACAUUUUCCCAGUGGAUACACAAGUUGAGCUGGAGGUUUGGGAAGAUUUUUAACAAAUUCUAUUUAGUGGCAGGCUCUACUUGAAAAUGUUGGGUUUAUUUGGGAAUGUAUGAAAGUGGUGGAUGUUUCCCCAGUGGAUACAGCUUGUGGAGCUGGACAUUUUGAAUCAUGUGAUUAGUUGUAACCAGGAAGACUGUUCAGCUUAUCUAUUUUCUGUUUCUUGUACUGAAUUGUUGGUGACCUGGUGUAUGGUUGGAGAAGAAAAAAGGACGUGUUCAAGUUGUGAACGUGCAAAAGUAUCUUUUGGUCAGAAAAGUUCUUGUGGUUGUUUGAUUUUAUAGGGUUGUAAGUAUGUAAUUGUUUUGUGUGUGUGUGUGUCUGAAUAGAUGUGUACAUACAAAGUUUGUGUGCCUUGCAAUUGUUGAAGCGACUGUUCUUAUCUAUACACACAUAUCUGCUUGUAUUGUUCAGAUUGUAUGCAAGGUUUAGACAAGAAAUAUCGUCACUAUGCGUACAGAUUUAUUCUCAGAUUGCCUUACAUCAUUCAUCUCUUCAUUGCCAUUUGUAUAGAAUCGAUCUCAUUGACUUGUAUAUAUACAUUCCACGUCACAGUAUCUGUUUAUAAUACAUAAUGACAAUAUUAGUUGUUAUUUCAUGAAGGGUGAGACGUUGCAACAUUCCUAGCAGUUACCAGUCGGUCUUGUUUCCUCGACUGUUUCAUUCCGUCAGACAGCUACUGUUUACAGAGCUCUCUAUAUAUACAGUAAGGUUUGUUUUCUCAGCGGUAUCAUUCUGUCAGACGGCUACUGUUUUAAACAGUUCUCAGCGAUGUCUUCAUACAUGCAGUAAGUUAGGUUUUCUGAACUGCAUCAUUCCAUGAGACUGCUACUACUACUGUUUAUAGCGCUGUCUUCAUACCAGCAGUAAGUUGUGUUUUCUGAACUUGUUUAUAGCGCUGUCUUCAUACCAGCAGUAAGUUGUGUUUUCUGAACUUGUUUAUAGCGCUGUCUUCAUACCAGCAGUAAGUUGUGUUUUCUGAACUUGUUUAUAGCGCUGUCUUCAUACCAGCAGUAAGUUGUGUUUUCUGAACUGUGUCAUUCCAUGAGACUGCUACUUCUGUUAACAACGCUGUUUUCAUACACUUUUCCUUAGAGUUGACCUGUGACCUCAAGUUUUACCGGUUGUGAUUUUAGCCUAGUUAUUACAUAUCACUUCAAAAAGUGAUGGUCCAAAAAUGAUAUCUCUUUUGUACUCUGAAUUUUAUACUUGAUAAAUAAUGAGUUGUGACGUUUGUAAAAAAAUGUGAUUCCUAUUUCCAUCAUCCGCCUCAGUGCAUCCCUCCCCUACCCCUUACAACUCACAGUGAAAACAAUUACGAUCAGUUGGUAGAUUCAGGGACACCCUGAGUGACAGUUUCAGAAUUUCAUAAGUCAAAUCAGCUGAAAUUUCACUCAUCACUUGAUUGAACGACAAUGAGUUACCUGUACCCGAUGCUUUCACUCUUUCAGACACUUUUGUCUUUAAGAUGUUCAUAAUCCUUAUAUAAGGAAAUGAAAUGGGGCACUGUGUAGCUAUUUGGUAACUGGUUUUGUCUUCUGUUGAGAAGUGCAGAAUUUGAAAACAACCUAAACACACACACACACACACACACACCCCCCCCCCCCCCCCUUUUUUUUUUUUUUUAGUUUGCUUGCCUAUCAGAGAAGUGAUACAGCUAAAAAAAAUUAAAAAUUAAAAACGUGUUAAUUCAAUAAUUGCUUUCCAUCUCUCAUUCAAGCAGACAAAUAGAGGGUGCCAUUAUAGAGGCAGUUUUUGCUCCCUUUUUUUUUAGGUUCAUGUUUAUAUAUAUAUGACUGUCUAUCUUCUGUGGAAAAAAUAAUGUUAGCCUGUGGGGAAAGGGGGAAAGCAAUAUGUUUUGUUGUGAAUUGAUGAUACAAUGGUCCGGGAACGUAGGGACAGGUGGGGGGCAGCAUGGCAUGAAAGUCGGUGAACACCGGGCCAUGGUGGGACCUCAGAAAACAUGGUCUUCAUCAUAACCUCUUUCUUCUUGUGAAACAAAUGUUAUUACAGUCGCAUUCCAGAAUACAUUUUUUACCACACCAUA